AUGACUCCGAGUCGGACUGGCAAACGCGCGGCACUACCGAUUGACGAACCGCCCUCGAAGCGCAUAAGGAAUGACUCGAAUGGGACGUGCCAUGCACCAUCCCCACUUGAGGAUGCAGGGACGUGGUCUUUCCUAGAGCGAUACCUCAAGUCCGAAUUAUCCUACGGACAGGCGGAAGAGGGAUUAAUAUCAUACCUCGGCGAUCGAUACCACGAGGAUGACUGGAGAGAAGCCAAACUUGCGGUAUUCUCUGGUGACGGCGACGACUACGAAGCUAUGAAUAAUUUGAUGGCCUUAAAAAGAAGGUACAUACCCGAGCCCUCCGUAUCGAGUUCGACGCUCGUAGCUACAUUUGCAUCGAAGCGCAAACAAGUGAAACAUUGUAUUUUCAUCGACAGGGAAGCAGGAGAGGGUGACGAUGAUGAGGAGGAAGAAGAAGAAGAAGAAGAAGAAGAGGGGGAUGAGUAUGACCUCCCUCCGCGUCCACGAAAAGUCAUGACCUUGCCGGGACAGUCAGCUAAACAUACGUUGUCUAAGAAGAUUGAUGAGAUCUUCAACGCAUACGACGCUCAAGCUCGCGCUUCCAAGCCACCAGGAAGGCUCGGACGCAUUCCUUACAGAGCUGCCUGGUCCUCCGACACGAUCGACAACAGGAUGUAUUUGCUUAACGUUCACAGAACUGUCACGGACUACGUCACAGAACACCUUCGAAGUAAAAAAUUCUCCGUUAUCGUGUCCCCCUGGGUACCGGGACAACUUUACAUAGUCUCAGAGAGUCCCCGGGCCAUUGCAUCAUCACUCCCGAUAUCACACAAACUUUCCGUGAAAGAUUAUCUUCGGAUCUCGGACGAAGAACGUGCGAUAGUCGAACAUCCACAAUCCCAACUGUCCAGUCCAGGGUGGGUAAGGAUCAUACGUGGCAAGUACAAGGACACCAUGGCCUACGUCACAGAUUUGAAGUCGGCAAAUGAGUCGCCAUCUGGUCACCCUCUUGUCUGGGUCUUAGUUGCUUUACGGGACUUUCCCUAUCCUAUGCCUAAGGGGUCUGUGGCAUUGCUGGACCGAUCUCGCCUUCCGGCUGGCAAUGCAGUAUCUGAUAUCAUUCGUGAUGGGGAAGUUGUGGGAUGUUCGUAUAAAGGAGAAGAGUAUUACAAGGGGCUGUUACUAAAGAGUUUUCACCACGAUCUCUUAAACGUUGUCAACACCCCCCAUCCUGACGAAAUUUGA